ACUACUUUUUUACAUUAGAUAACUGAAAUGCCACUUCUUGAUUGAAAAGUAAAACCCCUCCAAAACCUCCACCUCUGAUUUAUCCAGAUUCUCCAAUGUCCAAAUUCUCCAUUUAACCUCACUCUUCUUCUUCAAUGGCUUGUUCUCUUCUCCCAGUACCCGACAUUUCCAGGCCUCUGGUUUUGAAGAAGCUCAGCUCAUCUCCAAAGCUAUGGACACUGUUGGGUCUCAGGUGUCCUUGCCACUUCAAAACCAAACCUUCGCUUUCACUCACCAAAGCUGUCUACACCCAAAACUUCUCUCUCCCUCUCUCCAGAGACAAAAUCGAACCCGACCAAGACCCCAUUUCGUUACUAAACGAGAGGAUUCGCCGUGACUAUAACAAGCGAGACGCUUCGAGAACUGUCAUGGACUCGAAGGAGGCCGAGAAGUAUAUUCAGCUGGUGAAGGAGCAGCAACAGAGGGGCUUGCAAAAACUCAAGGGAGAUAGACAGCCCAAAAAGAAUGGUGGGUUCAGUUACAAAGUGGACCCUUAUAGUCUUCGUUCCGGGGACUAUGUUGUGCAUAAAAAAGUGGGUGUUGGAAGAUUUGUGGGUAUUAAAUUCGAUGUUCCUAAAGAUUCUCCAAACCCAGUUGAGUAUGUGUUCAUAGAAUAUGCAGAUGGAAUGGCUAAGCUUCCUCUCACCCAGGCUUCUCGUUUGCUCUAUCGAUAUAAUCUCCCGAAUGAAACAAAGAGGCCCCGGACAUUGAGUAAAUUGAAUGACACGACUGUAUGGGAGAGGAGAAAGACUAAAGGAAAGGUUGCGAUUCAGAAAAUGGUUGUUGACUUGAUGGAGCUGUAUCUACAUAGGCUAAAACAAAGAAGGCCACCCUACCCAAAGAGUCCUUUCAUGGCUGAAUUUGAAGCUCAAUUUCCUUAUGAACCCACACCAGAUCAAAAACAGGCUUUCAUUGAUGUGGGGAAGGAUUUGACAGAGAGAGAAACUCCAAUGGACCGAUUAAUUUGUGGAGAUGUUGGCUUUGGUAAAACUGAAGUUGCAUUACGUGCCAUCUUUUGUGUAGUCUCAGCAGGGAAGCAAGCUAUGGUUCUAGCACCUACAAUUGUAUUAGCCAAACAACAUUUUGAGGUUAUUUCAGAGCGAUUUUCUAUGUAUCCUGAAACGAAGGUUGGACUCAUGAGCAGGUUUCAGACCAAAGCAGAGAAAGAGGAGCACCUGCAUAUGAUUAAAAAUGGUCAACUGGACAUUAUUGUUGGGACUCACUCGCUUCUCGGAAAUCGUGUUGUGUAUAAUAAUCUAGGUCUUCUCGUGGUCGAUGAGGAACAGAGGUUUGGCGUCAAGCAGAAGGAGAAGAUUGCUUCAUUCAAAACUUCAGUUGAUGUUCUUACGCUCUCAGCAACGCCUAUACCAAGAACCCUUUAUUUAGCAUUGACUGGGUUUCGUGAUGCAAGUUUGAUUUCAACUCCACCUCCAGAAAGAGUACCAAUAAAAACUCACCUUUCAGCAUAUAGCAAGGAAAAUGUAAUAUCAGCCAUCAAGUAUGAGCUGGACCGCGGGGGCCAAGUUUUUUAUGUUCUACCUCGUAUCAAAGGACUGGAAGAAGUGAUGGAAUUUCUUGAACAGUCAUUUCCAACUGUUGAAAUAGCUAUUGCACAUGGAAAGCAAUACUCAAAGCAGCUUGAGGAAACCAUGGAGAAAUUUGCACAAGGUGAAAUUAAAAUUCUUAUAUGCACAAAUAUUGUGGAAAGUGGGCUUGACAUUCAAAAUGCAAACACCAUCAUAGUUCAGGAGGUUCAACAAUUUGGCUUAGCACAGUUGUAUCAGUUGCGUGGAAGAGUAGGGCGGGCAGAUAAGGAAGCUCAUGCACAUUUAUUUUACCCAGAUAAGUCACUACUGACUGAUCAAGCACUGGAGAGGCUUGCUGCUCUAGAAGAAUGUCGUGAACUUGGCCAAGGCUUUCAACUUGCAGAGAGAGACAUGGGUAUUAGAGGUUUUGGCACCAUCUUUGGUGAGCAACAGACAGGUGAUGUUGGAAAUGUUGGCAUUGAUCUCUUCUUUGAGAUGCUCUUUGAGAGCUUGUCCAAGGUUGAAGAGCAUCGUGUUAUUUCAGUUCCUUACCAGUCUGUACGGGUUGAUAUAAAUAUAAACCCUCAUCUCCCUUCUGCGUACAUAAAUUAUUUGGAGAACCCUAUGGAAAUAAUUAAUGAAGCUGAGAAAGCUGCUGAGAAAGAAAUCUGGAGUUUGAUGCAAUUUACAGAAAAUCUGCGUCGCCAAUAUGGAAAAGAGCCUUACUCCAUGGAGCUUCUAUUGAAGAAGCUUUAUGUGAGGAGGAUGGCAGCAGAUCUAGGGAUAAAAAGAAUCUAUGCUUCAGGAAAGAUGGUCGGUAUGAAAACAAACAUGACUAAACUGGUUUUUAAGCUGAUUACAGAGUCAAUGGUGUCUGAUGUUCACCGAAAUUCUUUGGUUCUAGAGGAUGACCUAAUUAAGGCAGAACUACUUUUAGAGCUACCAAGAGAACAACUGCUAAAUUGGAUUUUUCAAUGCUUGGCUGAACUUCAUGCUUCGCUACCAGCCCUAAUAAAAUACUAGUUUUUUUUUCCUAGGGAAGAAAAACAUACAAUUUUUGACUUGCUGAGGUCUUUGAAACUUCGCGGAAUGGGUGCAUCACAUUUAGAUAUAUGCAUUGGAUGGGAUCACUGAAAAGGAAGUUGAGAAUCUGUCCAUCUCUGAUGAUCCUGGAUUGCGACCUAGUGUUGCAAUUUAGUAGUGCCCUUGCAUAAAUCACAUAAAAGUGUACGAAGUCAGGACUAAUUAAUGCAAAACCAAUAUAUGCAGCCAGAACAGAACUAAGAAGUGUUUUUAAGUCAAAGGUGAUUCUUCUAUGUCAAAUGAAGGACUCAAGUCUGAAUAUCUGAGGAUGGGACUCUACCUGAUCUGCUUUAAAUUUUUACUUCAAAGGGAACAACUUCACUGUGAAAAGAAUGUAGAUAGGCUAGAAGUUUAACACAUCCUGGACUCUGAUGUAGGCAUAUAGCCUUUCACAUUGAAAGAAGCAUAUGUAUUUGUGCUCCCUUUUUGUCAUGAUUUUAAUGUAUAGAAGCUUUGUUUUAGAUUAUCUAUGAUGUAUUGGAUUAAUAAAACUUGGAUACAUGGAAUCUGGAAAAUAAUAAGGUAUAUAAUAAUCUCAAUGGUGUAAUUCAUUGUUGUACA